UUCAGGUUCACUAAACCGUUGGUAGUACCUAGCAGAUGGAUUGUUCUUUUUAGCCAAAGAAUUUGGCAUGAGGAUAUUGCGCCGGUUGUUCUUCUAUAGAAUUUUUGUGUAAAUGCAAUGAAUGAAGAAAAAAAAGGGAAAGAAUUUUGGUACAGGUUUCAGGGACAUGAAUACAGAGAUGGAGAUUUGAAGACGUAUGGUAAACAAAAGGAAAGAUCCUCAGAAAUUGAACCUUUAAUUAAGUUGACACCUUAUUUGGAUUCGUUAAAUGUUCCUAGGAAGUCAGAAGAAAUUAGAAAAAAGUAUCAGAAUGAAGAGCCAAGCUUGAUUUUGCAUAUUCAUAAAUAUCACUUUCGUUUUGAACAACAGGAUGGAGCAUUCACGUAUAAUGGGCCAGUGAAGGCUAUCUUACAUUACAUACGAAUGGAAUUAAUACCACCGGACUGUUUAGAAGUCUUUCAGAGCUCAAAUAUAAAGUUCUACGAUGGUUGUCUUACAGUGCGCAUCAUUGAUCAUCGACAUAGCAACUCUAAUGAAUCUAAUCAAUUUCAAUCUUCUAACGCAGCAUCCGCUUCAAAAGCUCCUCCUUCUUCUUCCUCUUCUCUUCCAAAUAACGUAACAAAUGCAUCGAAUGCACCCAAUACGGAAGCAUCUAUUCACUCGCCAGUGCCUGCUUCGACAAAAGCAUCCUCGUCUCCACCUGUUUAUUAUACCGUUCUUCGCCCUACCCCAGAGACAUUGUAUCAGGACUUGUGCUUGUUAUCCGAAAGUUUAGCGGGACAACUAUCGGAUGAAAACAUUCUGGACUUGGAGUCAAAAAUUUUAGUUGCUUCCGAGCCGCCUCUGGUUUUAACGCCAGCUACCUCGAAACCACAAAUGAUCCAUAUCUUAAAUCAACUGGCCGAUGCCCCUCCGCCUUCAAAAAGAAAGCGACAGCAGGGAUCUGCUCAACUGGCCGGCGAAGAAGCCGAGCGACUUGAAAAAGAAAACUUACUUUUGCUUAUGGAUGACCAGCGGAAUCAUGAUUUUCAACCUACUUUCCAAAGACUACAAUUCAUUGAAAAUGUCCGCAGGAAGCGUGCCAUUUUACAGCAGCGUCAGCAAUUGCAGCAGCAGCAGCAGCAAGCGACACGACAAGAAGCCGCUGCUUCUCAGAUUUCUAGACAACAGCAACAGCAACAGCAAAUGAAACAGAGAAGAACAACAACACCAAAAACUCAACGCCAAGCGCCUCCUCCCAACAUUCAUAUUCCUCCUGUUCAGUCGACCAUGCAAAAGCAAGCAUUUCCAGCAGCUGUUCCCCCCUCAAUGCCACAAAAAACGUCUAGUGGCACUUUUCCUCCUUCCACGGGUCCAGCAUCAGCAAAUUCUCCUGUUGUCAAACGGGAACAACACAUGGAUAUGAAUCGUAUUCGACAGUUAGCCAUCCUUUUUCAGCAAAGAGCUGCUCAGAUGAAAGCACGAGGAAUGACACGUGAACAAAUAACGGAAUUAUUGAAUCAGCAAGCAGCUGUAGCUGGAACUGAUUUACCUACCAUAAUGACAGUUGCUAGGAAUAUACACUUGCAACAGCUUCAAUUACAGCAACAGCAGCAACAAAUGAAAUCCGAGCGACCAUGAGAAGCUUUUUGACGAUUUCCCUUGUUGAACGAGAAAGAUACACAAGAAUUAAUUUAUGUUUAAUUGUAUAUAUUUCGACUUUACUUUCUCAUAUAAUUAGUGUAUAUAUAUAUUUUGAUGUUUCCGCCCUAUAAAUUCGGAACUCGAAGUGUUACAUUUUACUCUUAACCAUGCACUAGCAGAGUAAUGAAAAUCGGUUUAGCUUCUGUCUUAGAGACAGGUUCUCUUUUAAGGAAAGAGAAUAAUCUAGUAGAAUGAAUAUGAUCACUCAAGUGUAUGACUACGCGUUUUUCUAAAUGUAUGUUUUUAAAUGGUUGAUUAAAGUAUACUGCAAUUUCGGAAGAUGUGAUGAAAUAUUUGCUCAUGAAAUUUUUUAUGAUUUUUUUGCUAAUACACCAAGAUCUCUGAGAUCUUCUUUGAAAUUUCGGUAUACUAAUUUAUUUCGUAUUCUGAAUAGGAAACUAACCAUUAUAUUUAGGACUGACUGUACUGCAUGUAAUAGAAAUGAUAUAGAAUAGGAUAGGAUAGAUCUCUCAAUGAAACAUUUUACAGUACAGAAAUGAAUUUAAAGGUAGAUGAACUAUGUAAAAGGAAAAAUAAGAAUAAAAAUGGAAGCGUUCAAACGCUGGUGUUUUAAACCAUGUUUAUUGAUUUUCUAGGGGUUUAUAAAAGAAAAAAAUAACACCCAAAAAGUAAGCCCAUAUAAUUUCUACCGUAUUGAAGUUUUUAUUUAUCGUCGUCUGUUUCGAUCUUUUCCAUGUCUACUAAUCGUUCGCCUCUAGCGACACGCUUAGGUUCGACAUGGUGAUUGACACCAAUUUCACAUUCUCGAAGUUUUGACCGCUGGCUGAUGGUAGCUCCAGAAGCAACGAUACAACAAUCUAAACGAACACCAUCUUCCACAAUAAUAUUAUCCAUCAAAAUAGAAUUACUGACAACAACACCUUUGGCAAUAGAGCAAUUUCUUCCAAUGAUACUCUUUUUAAUGUUGCUAUUAUCACCAAUGGCGGUACCCUCAUUGACCAUGCAAUCUCCUCCAACAAGGGCUCUUUCAGAGACAGUGACAUCGAUGAGACGAGGAUCAGGUGUCAAUUUAGCAAUCUAAAAAAAAGUCAGUCAAUGCUAUUUCUGUUGAAUGUAAAAGGGAGAUCAAAAAACAUACGCAUCUAUUGAGUUCAAAGUAAUUGGACAAAUUAUUUGCACGAGCGCAAAGAAACUCUUCUUUGGCAAUAAAGGUAUUUAUAACCAACUCAUUAGCAC